AUGCCCACACAAGUUUCCUCCGAACUCGGGUUUUUAGCUCCCCCUGCAGCUGAGGGCCAAGCAGUGGGGGCAAUUUUAUCAGAACCAGAGCCCACAACGCAGACCACAGCACUCAAUCCCCGAACCUCCAACUGCAAGUCAGCCCUGGUCGGGAACCAUCCCGGCCUGUCAGCGUUCAGAACACUUCUGCCACCUACUGAGGGAAAGGUCUGGGACCAGGCUUUCGCAGAGUGCCAUCGUGUUGCCACAAGAAGCCCUACUCCCCCCUAUGAAGGUACUGCUAAGCUAACUCGGCAACCGCCGGUAGUUAUCCCACCGCAUUCUGAAAUGGUCUUGUGGCUGCAUGUGACGGGAGAUUCGGUCGGCCAACCACAGGUCCAGGUGGAACCCCUCCCAGGGGGCAGCUCAGAGUGGUAUGUAGGACGCACCUUGGCUAGGCUUAGUAAGGGGCGGGUACCGUGCAGAGUGUGUAACCCUAACCCCUAUCCGAUAGAGGUUCCCCAGCGUCAGGCACUAGCCCAAGUUACUGAGGUCUCCACAUCAGACAUUAAAGGGGAACAAGAGCUGGUGCUAGAUUGCAUUGAACCAGACGUGGUGGAAGUGGGGGUUAGGAGAGUGGGGGUAGAAGACGAGGAAGAGCCCCAUCCAGUCGUGUCCUUACAGGGAGAGGGCCUGACAGGGGAACAGCAGAAAAAAAUGAACAGUCUUUUGGAUCGGUGGAGGAGCGUGUUUUCCCAACACGAAGAGGACUUUGGCCGGACAAAUGCUGUAAAACACCAAAUCCCGACCGGCUCUGCCCCACCUAGCCGGGAGAGGUUGCCUCAGCUGGUCAUGGCAAGAACGGACAAUGUCAGCGUGGAAGACGGGGAGACUUGGCGAGAGCGCCAGGCCAAGGACCCAGAGCUCGUACAGAUACGGCAGUGGAAGGAGCAAGGGACCACAUGCCCAGAGGCAAGAGGCGAAAGAUCUUUGGCAGACCUACCACGAAAAGAUGGGCCACCCAAACAACGACCGGACCGUGGCAGCCCUCAGGCAGCGCUGUUACUGGCCAAGAAUGACUGA